GUCAGAAUUGUACUUGCAAAACGCAACAGGGAAAGAAUUGGACAAUAACAUCGACAUAAAAAGGAAGUAGAAGCGCAAUCACAUGCAAGAGGCAAACCGUGCUUGCGUGAUCUGCUCCUUCUAAUUGGUCCACUGAGCACUGAUACAUGUGAGAGGGGGGCUCCUUCAGAGGCCUGGAUCGCAGUUCCACGAAAAAACCAUCGCAAAGAACAAAAGUACCAAGAGAAAUAACGAAAAAAUCGUUGACGUUGCAGCCUUUCCUGGAACAUUUAUAUCUGGACGGUCGACCUUUCUUCGUAUUGUAAGAAAAAGGUUUGCUUGUUCUUGUGCCUUAUCUUGUCACACCCGACUAGGGAACGAAUAAGAUCUCAAAUCUAUAUCCGUCUACUGCAACAACCGGACUGACCUUGAUUCUCUUAUAAUCCCACCAGACCCGAGUACUUCAUGCCCCACGCAGAGAGAGACACAAUGGGUGAGCCUCUGGUUAACGGCGAAAAGCCUCAUUCUCAGUUCCUAUCGCACCUGGCUUCCUACCCUGUAGUGUCCGAUUCCAUCACAACCUUCAAGAACAAUAAAUAUGGAGCCACCUCUCUCAAAUACGCAGACCAAGGUUACGAGCGUCUUGCAAAGCCAUUCUUACCUUAUCUCUCUACCCCUUACGCCUACGUUGUGCCUUAUCUCGAAAAGGCCGACUCCCUCGGAGACCAAGGCUUGACCAAAGUCGACGAACGAUUUCCCAUCGUCAAGGAAGAUACCGAAAAGAUCAAGAACACUAUCGUCGAUACCGCAUUCUUCCCUCUCCGCCUUGCCGGUGAUGCGCGCAAACAUGUCAUUGAUACCUAUGGUUCGGAGUACAAGAAGUGCGGUGGUGAUGGCUAUGUGGCCAGUGGUAAAGCUGUUAUUACUACCGGGUUGGUGAUUUCGCAGGAGUCACUGGGUUGGUUGAGCAAUUUUUUGGCCGAGAAGAAGGAUCGGACGAAGGAGAUGGUUAAUGAAAAGGUUAACCACUAGGUAUCUUGGUUGUGACGUUCUCUUCUGCAGUUGGUGCUGUUGCAGACGGUUUUAUCGGUACGGCGAAAUGUCUACACUUCGAAAGAUGAGUUGAGACAUCGUGGCUGUGACGUUGCUAUUGUCUUUAUGAUCUCCCUCAACCCUUGAAAUCCUUAUUCCCCUUGUUGUUUAUUGUUUCCUCUGUUCGAGGUAAUUGUUCCAUACUACGUAUAGAUCGCGUGAUGGAAAUAUUUCAAUAUAUCUUACUCUUGACUACUGAUGUUGUACAUGCGUCUGGCUAUGCAUCUAACUGACUAUGACUACAUCAUCUAUUUUCCAGGAGGCUGUACAUGACGCCGGAAAAAUCUUUGUUCUAAGAAUAGUGGCCAACAUCCAUAUGUGAUCUAAUUCGUGAUUCAAGAAUGAGCCCGAGACUUGAGCAAUAAUCUCGCAGUCACAGUUGACAUAUCUUGCCACUGAGUAUGCACAAAUUACCUAACAUGUUGGUUCAGUUG